AUUUUCGUAUUUCAAAUUUCAUUUCAAGAGAGAGCCCCCCAACGGAUUCCGACGGCGACCGGCGCCGAUCGCAGAAGAAGAAGAAGAUGAGCGGAGCGAGGUUGUGCUGUUUGGCAUCGGAGUUAGGGUUCGAAGGCGCGGGAAAGUUGGAUCCCGACAGCUUCGAGUGGCCGUUUCAGUACGACGAUGCCCGCCCCAUCCUCGACUGGAUCUGUUCUUCUCUCCGCCCUUCUAAUGUUCUCUCUGUCUCCGAACUCUGCCUGUACGAGCAAUUUUUACAAGAGGGAAAACUAUUAGAGGGAGAGGACCUGGACCUGGCUUAUGAUAGCAUUUCAGCAUUUUCUUCUAGGAGAAAUAACCAGGAGGCAGUUUUUGGAGCCGAAGAAAGCGUCAAAGAAAUAAGAGAUGCAACUUUGGCAUAUAAGGCCGAAGCCCUGGAGUUGCAGAAGCAGCUAAGAAGGUUACAGACCCAGUAUGAUUUGCUUAGUGGCCAGUCUUCAGCUUUGAUCCAAGGGAGACGGGCUAGAGUUGCGGCAACCUCUACAGUAAAUGGACAGCUAACAACCAUAGAAGACAGCCUAUCUGCUAGGAAUUUGCAGAUGAAUGGAGUUCUAGGAAGGUUGGCUUCAACUGCACAAGAGCUGUCACAUUAUCAUUCUGGUGAAGAGAAUGGCAUCUACUUAGCAUACUCCGAUUUCCACGCAUACUUGGCUGGUGAUUCAGCUUGCAUAAAGGAGCUAAAUCAGUGGUUUGCUAAGCAGCUAGAUACAGGACCAUAUCGUUUAGUGGCAGAGGAAGGAAAAUCAAAAUGCUCAUGGGUUAGUCUUGAUGACACAUCAAAUAUCUUGCGAGCAGACUUGGAAAAAUCCCAACAUCAACGUGUAUCUGAAUUGCAACGACUUCGAUCCAUAUUCGGAACAAGUGAGAGACAAUGGGUUGAGGCCCAGGUGGAGAACGCUAAGCAACAAGCUAUUCUCUUGACUCUCAAGUCUCAAGUAACAUCAGAUGAAGCUCAUAUUCAUUUUGAUCUACAUGCUCUAAGGAGAAAGCAUGCCGAUCUAGUUGAAGAAAUCUCCAAUCUUUAUCAGAAAGAAGAAAAGCUCUUAUCUGAGACAAUCCCGGAACUAUGUUGGGAGCUUGCCCAACUCCAAGACACCUAUAUCUUGCAAGGUGACUAUGAUCUGAAGGUCAUGCGCCAAGAGCUGUAUAUUGGAAAACAGAAAGUGUUCAUCAAUCAUCUGGUUAAUCAGCUUGCAAGGCAUCAGUUCUUGAAAUUAGCAUGUCAGUUAGAGAAGAAAAACAUGCUUGGAGCAUUCUCUUUGCUCAAAGUUAUCGAAUCAGAACUCCAGAGUUACCUCUCCGCCACCAGAAGCCGUGAGGGCCGGUGUUUGGCGUUGAUCCAAGCUGCUUCUGACGUUCAAGAACAGGGAGCCGUGGAUGAUCGAGACAGCUUUCUACAUGGAGUUAGAGAUCUCCUCAGUUUACACUCAAAUGCUCAAGCUGGGCUAUCGAGUUACGUAUCAGCGCCAGGCAUUGUUCAGCAUAUAGCCUCCCUUCAAUCAGAUUUGUUGUCCCUUCAGUCCGACCUCGAGAAUUCCCUUCCAGAGGACAGAAACAGAUGCAUCAACGAGCUGUGUACACUGAUUCAGAACCUGCAGCAACUACUAUUCGCAUCUUCAACGACAGCGCAACCCAUAUUGACACCCUGGCCAUUAAUGAAAGAGCUCGAUGAAAUGGGGAAAAUCAACUCAAAGCUCUCUGCAGCAGUCGAAGAGGUCACACUUGAACAUUGCAAGAAAAAGGAGAUUGUGAAGCAUCAUUCCCAGGAGGUGGCGUUUCAAAGGCGGGUAUUCGUGGAUUUCUUCUGCAACCCCGACCGUUUGAGAAGCCAAGUCAGGGAACUCACCGCCCGUGUCCGAGCUCUCCAAGUCUCAUAACACAAAUAUUCUCAGAUGAUGUGACCACACUGAGCCGUGACAGUGGUGGUCGAUCUUUCUUCACGGCCGUGGUCUUAGGGUUAGCCGUGGGAGCAGCACCGGUGGUGGUUCGGUGAAGGUGGCAUCGGAAGGACCCAUCGUGAGCCGUUGGUGAGCAAAGACAUACCUUUUUGGGAUCUUUGGUCAUCUCAGUGCUUGACUUGCAAGCCAAGUCACCUGUCUUCUUUUGCAGUAUCUUCUUAGCUACAUCUGUCUUAACCUUUGGAACCCUAAUUACCAAAAAUGAUUAGACCCAAAAUGCAUCACUUAGCCAACAAA